GUCCUCCUGCAUAUGUACCACCUUGUUCUGUGCAGGUUUCUCGCCACAAAGGUCAAAAAUCUGAGUUGCCAAGUGGGGACAUGCUGAGUGAAGACGGAAGAAGGCGACAUGAUGUCCGCCCUGAAGUCAAGCAUCAUCAAGCUAAUGAGGGGGAAGAGGGUGACGAGGAUGAAGACAUUAAGGUGCCAGUGGAGCUGAAAAUGGAGUUCCUCAGAGCUGUGAUAAAGCGAGACUUAAAGCUGGCCUGUAAACUGUGUCAGAUGAUUCUCAUCUAUGAACCAGAAAACCCUGAGGCCUCCAACUUUCUCCCACUGAUCAAGAAGAAGCUGCUUGAAGAGCAAAAGGCUAAGCAGAGCAGCGAGGAAGAUGAUGAUGAUGAUGACUCCGAUGACUCUGGGAGUGACGAGGAGUCGUCUCACAGCUCCAGCGGCUCCUCUUCAUCUUGCUCCUCUUCUCCGCCCUCAGAUGAUGAUGAUGAUGAUGAUAGAGAAGAAAAGCAGGUGCACAGACACAAACGGUGUCCUUCUGAAAAUGAUACAUAA